UUUGGUGAUCCUACCUGGAACAGACUAUGUCAGAGAGUCACCAUGACCUUGCACAAUAACAAUACAACCUCACCUUUGUUUCCGAACAUCAGCUCUUCCUGGAUUCAUGGCCCUUCAGAUGCAGGGCUGCCCCCAGGAACGGUUACUCAUUUUGGCAGCUACAACAUUUCUCGGGCAGCUGGGAAUUUCUCCUCUCCAAAUGGCACCACCAGUGACCCUCUGGGAGGUCAUACCAUCUGGCAAGUGGUCUUCAUUGCAUUCUUGACGGGCGUCCUGGCCUUGGUGACCAUCAUCGGCAACAUCCUGGUGAUAGUGGCGUUCAAGGUCAACAAGCAGCUGAAGACAGUCAACAACUACUUCCUCUUAAGCCUGGCCUGUGCUGACCUGAUUAUCGGGGUCAUUUCCAUGAAUCUGUUUACUACCUACAUCAUCAUGAACCGAUGGGCUUUAGGGAACUUGGCCUGUGACCUCUGGCUUUCCAUUGACUACGUGGCUAGCAAUGCCUCCGUCAUGAAUCUCCUGGUCAUUAGCUUUGACAGGUACUUUUCUAUCACAAGGCCGCUCACGUACCGAGCCAAACGAACAACAAAGCGAGCUGGUGUGAUGAUAGGUCUGGCUUGGGUCAUCUCCUUCGUCCUUUGGGCGCCUGCCAUCUUGUUCUGGCAAUACUUUGUUGGCAAGAGAACAGUGCCUCCAGGGGAGUGUUUCAUCCAGUUCCUCAGUGAGCCCACCAUCACUUUCGGCACGGCCAUCGCUGCCUUUUAUAUGCCUGUCACCAUUAUGACUAUUUUAUACUGGAGGAUCUAUAAGGAAACUGAAAAACGUACCAAAGAGCUUGCUGGGCUGCAGGCCUCUGGGACAGAAGCAGAGGCAGAGAACUUUGUCCAUCCCACGGGUAGUUCUCGAAGCUGCAGCAGCUACGAGCUUCAACAGCAAAGCAUGAAACGCCCAGCCAGGAGGAAGUAUGGACGCUGCCACUUCUGGUUCACGACCAAGAGCUGGAAGCCCAGCGCCGAGCAGAUGGACCAAGACCACAGCAGCAGCGACAGCUGGAAUAACAACGACGCAGCUGCCUCCCUGGAAAACUCCGCCUCCUCCGAUGAGGAGGACAUUGGCUCAGAGACGCGAGCCAUCUACUCCAUCGUGCUCAAGCUCCCAGGUCACAGCACCAUCCUCAACUCCACCAAAUUACCCUCGUCAGACAACCUGCAGGUGCCGGAGGAGGAGCUGGGGACAGUGGGCUUGGAGACGAAGGCCAGCAAACUGCAGGCCCAGAAGAGCAUGGACGGUGGGGGCAGUUUUCAGAAAAGCUUCUCGGAGCUUCCCAUCCAGUUAGAGUCCGCCGUGGACACAGCCAAGGCCUCUGACGGCAACCCCUCAGUGGGCAAGACCACGGCCACUCUACCUCUGUCCUUUAAGGAAGCUACUCUGGCCAAGAGGUUUGCUCUGAAGACCAGAAGCCAGAUCACUAAGCGGAAACGGAUGUCCCUCGUCAAGGAGAAGAAAGCGGCCCAGACACUCAGUGCCAUCUUGCUUGCCUUCAUCAUCACCUGGACCCCCUACAAUAUUAUGGUUCUGGUGAACACCUUCUGUGACAGCUGCAUCCCCAAAACCUAUUGGAAUCUGGGCUACUGGCUGUGCUACAUCAACAGCACCGUGAACCCCGUGUGCUAUGCCCUGUGCAACAAGACAUUCAGAACCACUUUCAAGAUGCUGCUUCUGUGCCAGUGUGACAAAAGGAAGAGACGCAAACAGCAGUACCAGCAAAGACAGUCGGUCCUUUUCCACAAGCGGGUGCCCGAGCAGGCCUUGUAG